AUGAAAAAGGCAAUAGCUUAUACAAAACUUAGGAAACCAUUUGUAGUUAAUAACGUAUAUAUGCAAACGUUAUUAUGGGAUCGCCGAAUUGUCUUGUCAAUUUUAGAUGCGAUUGGUGUACCUACACCACCUCGUUUAGUUGUCUCAAGAGAUAAUGGUGCUAAAGUCGACUCUGAUGCAGCUUUUGCAUUUAAGGAAUGUACUGGUAUGGAUAUAGGUCGUAUAUUAGCUAGAUAUACUUCCAAUACAAAGUCAGUAGUUAUUCAUGAUGAAGCUAUUGAAGUGGAUGGAGUACAACUUUCAAAGACAUUUAUCGAAAAACCUGUGAAUGGAGAAGAUCAUAAUAUUAAUAUUUAUUAUUCAGAUGAAAGAGGUGGAGGUGGAAGAAGACUAUUUAGAAAGAUUGGUAACAAGUCAAGUGAAUUUGAUCCUAAUUUAAAAUUUCCUAAUGCCAAGGGCUCGUGGAUAUAUGAAAAAUUAAUGGAAACUGAAAAUAGUGAAGAUAUUAAAAUAUACACAGUGGGUCCUCAAUUCGUACAUGCUGAAACUAGAAAAUCUCCAACAGUAGAUGGUCAUGUAAAACGUAAUACAGAAGGAAAAGAAAUUCGAUAUUGUGUCAAACUCACAUUAGAAGAAGAAGAGAUAGCUAGAAAAGUAUCAAAGGCCUUUGGUCAAUCUGUAUGUGGUUUGGAUAUUUUAAGAGUUCAGGGGAAAUCUUACGUUAUUGAUGUUAAUGGUUGGAGCUUUGUUAAAGGAAAUGAUUUUUAUUAUGAUCAAUGUGCAAAGAUAUUAAAAGAAACAUUUUAUCGGUCAGUACAAGAAAGACCUCUAUCAUUAGCCGAUCAAAUUCCUCCAGAAAUUUCUCCUGCUAAUUCUUGGCGAUUGAAAGGUUUUGUCGCCGUCUUUCGUCAUGGCGAUCGUACUCCGAAAGAAAAGAUUAAGAUUACUAUCAUGAAAAAGCCCUUUAUUGACCUAUUGAGUGAAUCUAAACGGGAAGUUGUGUUUAGACAAAACCAUCAACUAAAGUCUGUUAUAAAGGCUUUAGAUGAAUGUCUUAUUGAGACAUCUUUAGAAGAGGAUGAGAUAAAUAAGCUAAGAUCAUUAAAGGAGGUUUUAGAGAAAAAACAUGACCUACCUGGUACUAAAGUACAACUGAAACCAAAAUAUAAUAAGAAUACAAAAGAACUUGUUAAACUACAAGUGAUUGUUAAAUGGGGAGGAGAGUUUACACAUGCUGGUCGUCAUCAAUCAAAGGAUUUAGCAGAGAAUUUAAGAAAAGAUAUGAAUAUCUUAAAUAGAGAAAUAUUGGAAGAUGUUAAAAUUUUUAGUAGUUCAGAAAGACGUGUUAGAAACACUGCUGAAGUUUUUGCUCGCUGGUUCCUUGGAAACCCUGAAUCGUUAGAUGGAGUUAUUUCUGAAAGUAAAUAUUUAUUAGAUGAUAGUAAUGCAGCUAAAGAUCAAACAGAUGCUGUUAAACGUCAAUUAAAAGGUAUGUUAAAACCUGGGAAUGAUAUCCCUGAAUGGAUGUUAGCUCAAAUGGGAUGGUCAGCAAAACUUCCUCAACCCUAUGUUAUCUUUCAAGAAAUUUGUAUUAUCAUGAGUCGUAUGCAACGAAUUAUGCAUGAAAAUUGGGCUACAAAAGAUGUGGAUAAUCUUCAAAGACGUUGGUGCUGUUUAGACUCUCCUAUUUUAUUUAGAGAAAGAUGGGAGAAAAUGUUUCGUAACUUUAGUUCUGCUCAUACAGGUGAGGAAAGUGAUGAAUCUGAAAUACAACAGAAACAACGAGUCGUUAAUAAUGUAGAGGCAUAUCCUGAUCCAUCUUGGAUUCCUGCCUUAUACGAUUCACUCAAAUAUGAUGCCCUUCAUAAUAGACCUUUCCUUCAAGCUAUCUUUACAGACGAGGAGCUUCAAAAUAAUAAUUGUAGCUCUCCUGAAUCUGGUUCAAUACUUUCAUCUGAUAAAUGUGAAUCAGAUCUUCGACGUUUAUAUAAAAAUGUGAAAGUGAUGUUUGAUUUUAUUGCUCCACAGGAAUUUGGUAUCUCAGACACUGAAAAGAAGAAUAUCGGUAUGCUGAUUAGUUUCCCACUUUUAAAAAAGAUUUUAAGCGAUUUAGAUGAAAUGAAAUCAGCAGAAAGACCUAGAGCACGUUUAUAUUUUACAAAGGAAUCUCAUGUUCAUACCCUUUUAAACUUGAUUUAUCUUUCUGGUGUUCCUACAAAAGUUCCUAGAAAUACAUUACCAGAAUUAGACUUCUUGACACAAAUCACAUUCGAAUUAUAUGAACGUAAUAGACAAAGUGUUCCUGAAAAAGAAUAUUCUCUUCGUAUCGGUUUUAGUUCUGGAGCACACUAUGAUAGCGUCUUGGAUCUACGUAUGGAUGCUGAGCAUUGUUUAAAGGUGGCACCACGAAGAAAUUUGAUUCCUCAUUUGUUAUUGGAAGAAGUAUUAACAUAUCAUAAAGGCUAUUUAAAUAUUCCUAAUAUUAAAAGUAUUGAAGAGCAAAUAGAAGAAAGAAGAUUAUACUAUGCUCAAGAAGAUGAAUAA